CACCCACUAAAUUGCAGUUAUCUUCUAUUGGUGCCUUACGCUAAGCUCACCUGAAUACAGGUGAUACUGAUGAUAGGCAUAUUUAUGACGAUGACGACACCAACCAAGCCGCCCAACUGGGAGGCACAAGGGGAAAGGCGGGACCGGAAGCGGAAGUGCGAUGAGGAGUUAGCGGCGUUUUAGUUGCCAUGGAGACUGGACAAGCCAGGGACCGAUGGUCGGCCCAGUCUGGGUCCUACGCAUUCGCUGGGGCAACGUGGACGCCAUCCUCUCGUCUGACCCGGAUCCGCAGCCCUAGCCAGUCCACCUGGCUGUCUUCCCUCGCCUAUCCCGAUGACGUCCACCACAGCUUCAGGACUUGGCCCCGCCGUCUCUCCCCGCUUGCGCCCUCGCCAUCCCCCGAGCCGCAACUGCUGCGUCUGCGCCCCACCUCGCUGCGCACCCAAGACAUCUCGCAUUUGCUCACCGGCGUCUUCCGUAAUUUGUACACGGCUGAAGUGAUCGGCGAGGAGGUGAGCGCGAGUUUGAUCAAGGCCCGCGGCAGCGAGAAUGCGCGCCACGAGGAGUUCGUGGAUGAGCUGCAGCAGAUUCGGGAGCUUUAUAAGCAGCGGCUGGACGAGUUUGAAAUGUUGGAGAGACAUAUUAUUCAGGCCAGUGCACGGGCCUAUGCUGAGAAGGAGCGGUCCAUACACCAGGCCAGAGUACAAGUCCUACAGCCCAUCCUCAAGAUGCCUCCAGUGAAGACCAUCUUCAGAUCAUGUGUGGACAAUGAGUUGCUACAGAAACAUCAUUUGAUCUGCCCGGAUGAUUACUACAGCCAUAAGGUGCCAUUUUGCUCUGCCCCUAAAGGCACAUUCACCCCUGGCUAUUCAAAACUGACAUUCAGUUGUGAGAAGCGUUUUGUCCCAAAGAAAGAACCGAUCAAGAAGCUUGAAGCCUCAGGCAAGAAGAUGCUCACUAAGUCUGAAGAUGAGUCUGACUACACUAUGGACAGCCUGACGUGGGACUCGCCUUCAAAGGCCAAACUCAGGACCAAAGAAACUGUCAAGAAAGCAAGUCUAUCAAAGAACAAAAACUGGAUGAACCAUUUACGUGCGCCACAGAGAGAACUGGAGCGACUCCUGCUUGCCAGAAUGGAGAGUCGGAACCACUUCCUAAAAAACCCCCGGUUUUUCCCUCCUAACACUCCAUGUGGAGGCAAGUCUCUUGUCUUUCCUCCAAGGAAGCCAGCACUGAUAGGAGAUUUCUGGAGUGGAGAGCUGGGACAGAGUUGUGCUGAUACUCCGGUGUUCCUCGCUAAGCCAUCAGUAGGAUUUUUCACGGAUUAUGAAAUUGGAUCAGUUUAUGAGGUGCAAGGUCUUGGACAACGAGGAAAUAUUGAGGAACUAUCACAGAAUGGAGGAGGCUAAGAAGACAUGACAACUGAAUACAUUUUUGGAUCCUGGAUUGGAUCCAGAAACAGAAAAAGGAUGUUACUGGACAAACUAGAAAAGUCCACAUAAAUUUUGUGGUUUAGUCAAUAUAUUAUACUAAGCUAAUUCCUUAGUUCUGAUCAGUGUUCUAUUGUUAUGUAAGACGUUAAAGGGAAACUGGGUGAAGAAUUUAUGGGAAAUCUCUGAGUUAUUUUUGCAACUCCUAUAAAUCUAUUAUCUCAAAGCAUUAAAAACAUAUGCAUACUGAGGAGACUUUCAGUUAUGGCAAUAUUAUAACUAGAUAACCUAAAGAAUAGAAACCUACAAAAAUUGAAGAUUCUAGAACUGAAAUUAAGUACUCAGUAGAAGGGCUUAACAGCAGAUUGGACAUAGAUGAGGAGGAGACUUGGAGAUAGGUCAGUAGGAAUGAUCCAGACUAAAGCAUAAAGAGAAAAAUGAUGGAAAAAAAUACAGAAAAUAGCAUUUAAAAAUAUGGGACAGAGCAAAAUAGGUCUGUUGUGUAAUUGAAGUCCCAGAAAGUGAGGGGAGAGAACGGGGCAGAAGCAGUAUUAGAAGAAGUGAUAGAUGAGAAUGAUCUAAAAGUAAUAGACAUCAAGCCAUAGAGUAAAGCACUAAAAGCCCCAAGAACAAAAAAAUAAAACCAUAUUUAGGCACAUUAUAGUAAACUUUUUCUCUAAACCAAAGAAAAGGAAAAAAAUAAUAAAACUUAAAGCAUGUAGAGAAAAAAGAUUCACUACCUUCUAAUAGAAAUGAUAGAAACUGGAAAAUAUUGGAAUGGAAGCUUCAAAGCGAUGAAAGAAAAUAUAACUUUCAAUUUAGCAUUCUAAACAAAGUGAAAAUGUUCUUCAAAAAUGAUGAUAAAAUGAAGAUAUUCACCAAUAAACAACAACUGAUAAAUCGUUACACAUAAUAAUAAUUCAUAAUCAGAAGACCUGCAUCAGAGGAAUUCUUCAAUCAGAAGAAAAUGAUACCAUAUGAGAACAAAGAAAUGCAAGAAGGAAUGAAAAGCAACAGUAAGGGUAAAUUUGUGGAGAAAUGUAAAUUAAUAAAAAUAACCAUAAUCGUAUAGUUAAUAUAAUAUGUGUUACUUAAAAUAUAUUUAGAAUUAAAAGCAUAACAACCUAGCCCCAAUAGCAGGAGGGGUAAGUGGAUUUAAAAUGUUUUAAGGCCCUUGGAUUGUCUUGGAUGUGUGUAAGUGCUAAUUUAUAUGAAAACUUUAAUAUAAUAAUUCAAGGAUGCUUAUUGUAAUCUCUGGGCUAAUCAUUAUUCAUAUAGUAAAAUAAUGUAAAAGUAACAAGCUAACAGGAUAAAUGGAAUUUUAAAAAAUAUAUUUGAUUAAUA